AACAAGUUAACCUAUGUUUAAUAAAAAGAAACACGUCCGACACGUCAGUAAAAAGAAAUAAAUUAAACUUGCUUGUCUAUGCACUUUGUGAUGCACUUGCUCUCGUUGCUUUCAUAACGGUAUGUAGUGUACAAUAAAAAGACAUUCCUGUAAUCGAAUUAGAAUACACGAAGGUGAUGGGACUUUCAAGACAUGAAAUAAAUUUGAGAAGACUGCUUGCAAGAUGUGAACUUAUGUGCAAAAAUCAGAAAGAUGAUGAACGUUUUGAAAAAUAUGUUGAUACUUUAGAAGAUAUGGUGCAGGAGAUCAAGACACACCCAAACACAUCAUUAGAAGCUAUUAAGGAUUAUCAAAAGAGAAUACGAAAUAUUAAAUUGUUGGUGGGUAUUAAAACAGCUAGUAAAUAUGAUGAAUUUAAUGAUCCUUUAACAAUGAGAGAAGAUUUACUAGGCUUAAGACAAAGAAACAUAACCCAAAGUAACAUAAAUGCAGAAGAUUUAGAUGAAGUUAUCAAAUAUCAUGAAAAUAUUCAAAAGAAAAUAACUGAUGAAAUGUUAGAAUUCACUAAAGUAUUAAAAGAACAGUCCGAAUUAGCCAACAAGAUUAUUAAAAAGGACACUGAAGUUGCAAGUAAUUCUACGCAACUAAGUGAUAAGAACUUAACAAAUCUAGUAACGGAGUCAACAAAAUUAGCUGAACAUUCUAAAAAAGCUUGGAAAUGUUGGAUGUGGAUUAUGCUGGUUAUUGUUUUAGUUGUUUUUAUAAAUAUGGUACUAUUUAUGAAAGUAAUAAAGAAGAGCAAGUAAAAUAUAUUUUCAAUUAUAAUGAUAAAAACAUUUGUGUUGUUGCUACCAUAAUGAACAACCUGCCCAAUGGGAGAACCCCUGACAGUUGUAUGUCAUUUUAAUUCACAGUCAAAUUGUUUUAUGUCAUUUUUAAGAUGUCAUCUGUCGAAAUCUUCCCCGAUUCGCUGGGCAGACUGUAUUAAGUUUAUAUAUAAACGAUAUACGAUAUAAAAGAAAAGUUUCCUUAAAAUUUAAUGAAUACAAUAUUUAUUUAAUUUGAUUUGUGCUAGGAUUAGUUUUGUUCAUUAUAAUUUUCAUAAAUA